AUGGCACUAUACGAGCGCAUUAAACGGCACUUCGCCUCUCCAGCACCUGGGCUUGAAACCAGAGUAUUUGUGCACCUAAUGCGUCAUGGGGAAGCGUACCACAAACUCGGACAUGUUCAUGGCCAAGUAAACCCCCAAUCCUAUGCCAUCCCCGACCCCUUCCUCACCGACGAAGGUAACGAACAAGCCAAAUCUGCUCGAGAGUACAUGGCAGAGCGCUGUCCCGUCCCCCAUAUCGUCCUCACAUCGCCCCUAGCUCGCACUGUCGAGACUGCACUGCACGUCUUCCCUACCACCACCAGCGGGAGCAUUACCUCACAACCGCAAAUCGUCGCCUAUGACGAUUUGAGGGAGUGUGGACCUUUUCUGUGUAAUGUUCGUCAGGGAGUUUCCGAGUUGGCAGACGAGUAUAACAAUAAAGGAGUCGAUUUCUCUGCUUUGUCCCCUGUUAUUCCACCAAUGCACAGUGUCAUCCGCGCAGAACAGCGUGCGGAGAUGGUUAGCAAGGAGCUUUUGAGGAUUGCGAAGAUGAUACGCAAGGGAGGUGGGAUUUGGAAAGGAGUUUAUGUAAAGGGUCCAGCUGGACAGUCUGUGGGCUGGCCUCUGCGUACAUAUGUUAUGGAGGACAUACAUAUCGUAGUGAUCUCUCAUGGGACUUUUAUGAAGUAUUUGCUGCCGUUGUCUCAUACAUUCCAGCCGUUUUGGAGGAAAUUCAAAGCAGCAGAGAUAAGAACGUACAUGAUAGAUGCAGAUGGUCAUUUACACGAGACACCAGAGUCUAAAGGAACUAGAAGUACCACUGUUUCGCGAAAGGUUAGCUCAAUUUUUACUAGUGCUUCUCGCUGA